AAUAGUGUGUUUUUGUUGAGUUAAUCGACUUACUAAUAUUAUUUACAAUUAUUAUUCUUUCUUUAUCUAAAUCAAAGAUAGAGAGAGACAAACAUUGUGUUCGAAUUACAUGUAAAGCGAUAACAAACAAAAUAUUUUAUCGUCCUUAAAUAUUUAUGCUGAUGACGAUAAACAACGACCAACGCGAGUGAUAAUAUUUUAUGAAUCAUUCCCGAAGUCAUAGUUCGAGAGAAGGCGUACGUUUGUGUAUACAUGUUUAUAUUACAUUAAAUGCGUAUGCUUUUUAGUGAAACAAAUACUGUACAAAUCUUGGUUCUGCUACACAUUUAAAUCAAUCUAAUGUGAAUACACAGUCCAAAAUACAGUAAAUAAUCAUAGUGAUAGUGUUCAAUAAAAUGGAAAUGGACAAAAUAAUGGAAAUUAGUGAUGAUGAAAAUAAUCAUAAUCAUCAUGGCAAUAAUAAUUAUGGCAAAGGCAAUAAUUUACAAGGUCUUGAAAACUCCAUAAACUCUUUCAACCAGUGGAUACUACCACCACCACCACCACCACUACAUAUCAGAAAUACUAAUACCAAUAAUAAUGCUAAAACCAACAUCCCUAAAUCAUAUCAACAUAAAAACAAAAAUAAUGCAAAAAAAAACAUUCAAUUUAAAAGAAAAGUAAUUAUUUUGAACAAAAAUGAAUCAUUCACAAAUAUCUCAAUUGAAGAAAUUAAAGGUACUACGGAUAUGCAACUUUUAACUUUUGAUGAGGGUUCUUUAUUAAAUCAGGAAGAAGACAAUGAGCCAACUGAAUCAUUACUAGUUCAACCAGAAACUGAACCAUCAAGCGUUUUACCAGAUACUGGAUUCCAUAUUUUAUUCUCAACUAAUGAAACAGUUGACUUGACCACUAAAGACAAUACACAAAACAAAAAAGAAAUCAUAAGACAAAAGAAAACUCCUAAGCGAAAAAAGGCUGUGGCUUCUAAGUUGGACACGUCAUUAACAACGCCUAGGCCCAAGAGAGCAUGUGCUAUUGACAAAGUUGCUGAGAACAAAAAAUCUGGUUUAUGUAAACUAGGAAAACAGAAAGAUGGCAGUUGGGCCUUAAAUAUUAAAUAUAUUUCAUCAUCAAUGUUUCAAUGUCAAAUUUGUGAUGUGUUUCUCCAAAGUCCAGAGUCGCGCAAGACACAUGAAGUUUUAAAACAUUCCUCGCUGCUUGAGUCUAUACAUAAACCUGAGGAUAUUGUUUCUACCCCAGGAAAUACGGCUUGUAUUGAACAGUUAACCCUAUUUAAUUAUUUGAAACUUUGCGAAACAUCAAAAUAUAAAACAACAGUAGUCCAUGAAUUGGCCAAAAGAAAACAUUUGUUGAAAGCAUUUAAUACUAAAGGACUUGAGACUAUAGGACAAGAGGCUAUAAGACCUAAAAUUAUUGACUUCUUUAAGUGUAAUUAUUGCCUAUAUGAAACUAAUCUUAUAUUUGCUUUAUGGGCUCACAUGACCUCCAAACAUCUAUAUCUAAAAUGUGAUUCUGAAAAAAAGCCAUUUUUAUAUUGCUUUUUGUGCGAUCGCACAUUAACUAAACGUACAAAACCACUCAGACAUUUAGACGCUUGUAUAAAUAAACUAAGUGAAUUAUCAACUACCAAUAACUCACCUAAACAAUUUAUAUGUGCACUUUGCGAUGAAGGUUUUGAUUCAUUGAUAGAACUUGAAAAACAUACUUGGGGACAUGCAAAAAAGUAAUAGUUAUAAACAUUCAUAUUACUUAAAUAAUAUAGUAUAUAAUUUACAUAUAUUGUAUUUUAUAACUGACAUUUGUAUAGACUUUUUAUUGUUUUUAUUAGUUAUAGUGUUAACCUAUUAGAUGUUAUAAAUAUUUCCUAAACUAUUGUUAAUAUUAUUAGGUUGUUUAAAAGUAAUUUGUUUGAAAUUGUAAUUUAAUUUCAAAGUAAAUACAAUU